GUCCUGGAACAUGCACCUAUCACACCCAAACGGGCCCCUGAGAUGGGCUCUUGCGUCAAAAGUAGCAGGAAACUCACCACGGUUCUCACCUUGCAGGCACCAUCCAGAUAGAUGUCAAAGGAAUUCGGUCGAGGUUUCGCUGAUGGGCAGUUCUAUUCGCAAUUUUUGACUGUUAUUUACAAGAGCACAUUCUCGUCCGUUAGGCAACUGGUGUACAUUACGGCAAAAAAAACAACCCGUACCAUUCAGCAACUGAAGGUGUACUAUACAGCACCUGAAAGCGUACAACACCACAACAACAUUUCAUAAGGCUCGUCGCCAUGGUAUGGAUCGUAGUAAGUACGGCAAGACUGAUGGGAAAGGAAUUCUGGCCAAGCCAACGAGCGUACUUGUCUCAGCUGUAUCCAGUGGACUAGCAAUUGAGCAACACUCUGUGCAGGAUUACUACAGCUUACACAUACUAUACGCGACGACAGCGAUGGUCCUCUUCUGCGGUGUGCUGAUGUUGUACGCUACAAUUGUUUAUGUACCGAUUGAAAAACUAUUCUUAGUCGGUCACCAACAUGCAGACUCGAGGUGGGAGAGUUCCGCGCUCAUUCAUAGAGUGGCAGGUGAUAUCCCUGAUACUGUCUGUAUUCUUAUUGGCGUGAAUACAUUGCGGAGUCUCGCCACCUACUCAACUCAAUGCCCACUGCCGUAGCCUUACAACACCUACUGCAUACCAUUUCGAGAACGAAUCAAAUAGCCUGUUGGAAAAAAAACACAUCGGAAUAACCAAAACCCUAUCCACUCUAGUACUCGAUAUAAUAGAAAGAAACCUAUUACGAACGCGUGAUUACAGGAGUGAAUGCCGAUAUGUAGUACACAUAGUAAUGCUGAAAGUCCAGGACAACUUAUAAAUACAAUAAGGG